UACUUCUGUCUGCUUCAGCUUUAUUACCGCAGGAGCAUCAUCCUAAGACAUCCUUCAGCUUUGGGAUCCUAAGAAAAGUGUGAUUUAGUAUACUAAUAUAGCCAUUUUUCAGACAGAAUUAGGUCACAAUUUACAUUAAAACAAAAUUUUGUAUUGCAAAAUGCAAGAUAAAAUGUUAGGGACAUAAUAUUUGCUUUCUGCAUUUGAAUUCUAACACUGAAUUCAAGUUAUUUUAAAAAAUACUAAUUUACAUAGGAGAUGAGAAUAAAAUUUUAUCACCUUUUAAAUUACAGGCACAUACACACUCACCUGUAACUUCACAAUUUAUAUCAAAUACAUAUGCUGAAUUGUUAAAGAGGGUUAGUUAUCACACAUUUCAAAUGGCUACAGUUUUAUCUAUCAUUUUAUUUUUUAAACUGAUUCUUACUAUCAUAUCUUCGAACAUCACAAAAGCAGACUUUCAACAGAAACAUAAUUUCACAAAAUUUAAAUAGGGAAAAAAAUCCUUUUUUAAAUACAAUUUCCAGAGGAAUAAUGUUUUUCAUUUUAUAUUCUGUUUUGAAUUAUGAUGUGACUGUGCCAUAUAAUAAAUGUUAUAAUUGCCUUGUUAGCUAGCAGUAAUACAUUAAAAAUGUGCUGUUGUACUGUUUAUAAUGUGUACAGUAGUCAUUUCAGUCACAAACUAAUAAGAUUAAGUUCACAGAUUUAAUUCCCCAGUUUAAACAAAACAAAGCACAUAUGUUUUAGCCUAGGCAUAAUUUAAUUAUAAAAGCAGUUAAACUAUAGAUUUUUUCAUGUAAUCAGAACAGAUGCUUCUCCCACUUCAAAUUAGUGGGUUAUUUUAUUUACAAAUACAAUCACAGCCGCUUGUAACACCCUCAAUACGAGAUUGCUGUUAGGUCUUGGCAACAUGUUGCAUCGUUUGGAAUGAAUUGCCCUGGGUAGGAAACACAUUGCAUCAGAUUCAGCUGACUAUAUACAAACUCUACAUGAUUAAUUUAUUAUGAAAAUAAAGUAGAAAUACUGAAAGCAUUAUUCAGAUUGACAGGGAAACUCAAGUUCAACUGUCACCUGGGUUUUCAUCGCAACCACACUAUCAUUUUAAAAAUACACAAUGUUUUUUAAUUUUCUGCCCAGAACUUGUUGGAAGUUUGUCAUCAUAAUGAAGUGAUGGGAAAGAUAUUCCAAGAUUCUCCUAUCCCAAUAUAUUUUAAACUAACGAAUAAUGGUAUACCUCUCAAAAUAUUUAUCACAAUGGUUAGUCAUAAGUAGCUAUUAAGAGUUAAACCAGGAGAUCCUGCAUUUAUUUACGAUUAUUAACUUUCAUUUGGGCGCGAUAAAAUGGGAAGAUUUAAGUUAAAUGGGGACUUGUAACGGAGGCAAAUUCGCUUUUUGUAUUUUCCCGGAAGAGGAGGAAGUCUGGUCACCUUACUUUCGGCAAAUAUUUGAAGUCUAAAUUUAGCAAUGAAGGCAAACUCGUUUCUUCGACUAAGUUACGCUUUUUGAGCCUCGGGCCACAGGUAAAGUUUAAAAGUUCGUUUGGGAGCGGGGAUAAUCUAGGCAGUUCUUCUGAGGAUCAUGCAAAUAGCUGCCCUUAGCCUAAAGUGACCCGUGUAGCAUCUAUAUUUUAAUCACACCAUAAAGUCAGGCAUCAAGACAGGCCUGGCAAGCAAGACUGGCCAGCGUGACCAUUUCAGAAAAAGCCGCAGAAACAUACAAUCUCUAGCUAGCCCAUUCAGGCAAGGGCGUUCAACUUACCCGAGACAAAGAUGGCGCCAGGAGAAUCGGCCAGCGCUCCAAUGACGUAUAGGCGACAUUCCCAUGAUGCUCCGUGAAGGCGGCCAUUCAAACCGGAGUAAAGGUGAGGUACAGAAGAUGGCCGCGCCGAUAGCAACGCCACGAGAAGCCGACCCGCUGAAGCCCGCCGAGACCAGCCUAAAGCUCCGCGAGGCCGCCACCGUGUCUGUGACUGUGGCGCUGACGACUCAGCCGGCGGCUCCGGCUCCUGGGAGCGCCUUCUCGUUGUCCGUCGUCUUUCCCGGCUCGGUCACCUGCGAAGGAUGCUUCCGUUUCACCUGCGAGCUUUUAAAGCACGUCCUAUACCAGAGGCAGCAGCUGCCUUUGCCUUACGAGCAGCUCUCCUGCUUCUACCGGAUGCAGCAGCUGUCGAAACCCGCUAGCCAGGAAAAAGACAUGGUCAAGAAGGUUUAUCUGAAAGAUCAGGACAACAAAAAGUGCCAGCAAGUGUUGAAUGAUCUUGAAGGUGUUUUCCAGCACUUGGAAAUCAUGUUCAGUUUGACACUGGUCCCACGAGUUCUUAUUUUGCUUGGAGGUACAGCUGUUAACCCCAGAGAGCUCUAUGAAAUCAACUUACAAGAUAUAUCCAUGAGUGGCACCGAAGAGAGUUUGUCAACCUCAACCUGUGUUCGCAAGCUAUUCCGUUCUCUUUUCAUGGCAGAUGUGUUCAGUGAGCUUCAGGCUAUUCCCACUAUGAGUGUCAUUGUUAUGGUUCAAGGGCAUCGCAACUGUGGUAUUGACUGGUUUAGACCCAAACUAAAUUACAAAGUGCCAACUCGAGGAAGGAAAUUGACUGUUAACUUAUCAUGCAGUCAUGGAAAUAGUACAGCCCUUCCCACCUGUGAAGAAAUAAAUUCUGUCUGGGAUGAUUAUAUAUGGUUCCAAGCUCCAGUAACAAUCAAAGGCUUUAAUUAUUUUUCUUGAUAAAUAUUUAAGGAAAAGUUCUUAACUAGCUAUGUUAAUCUUGUGUUUCUUACAUUGCAAAGAACAAUUCCCCUGUUUAAAUUUUCUCUUCUUUCAGAAGUAAUGUUAAACUCUGCAGUACAGAGGUGAAAACGUACAUAUGUCUAUGAUGACAGAAAGUACUUCUGGAGAACUGAUUCAGUGUCUUGCCAAAGCCUUAUGGACCCAUUAACCUGUAUUCUGUGCUGCAGAUUUUACUAUAAAAGGAUACUUGAAAAUACCUGUGCCAGUAUAUACCUGAUUCAAUACUGAAUUUCCAGUGGAAUAUGUGCAUCUAUGCAAAUUUGAUGUAUUCCAGUUUUUUUUUCCAGAAAUACAAUGAAAGCUACAUAAAUUGCUACUUUUUUCAAUAGUGAAAAUUGUCUAAAGAUUGACUGUAGUUCAGGACAGCAUAGUUGAACACCCCUCUGGAGGAAUAAUGGCUAUUUGAAAUUGAUAUUCUCUACAGCAGAUGUAUGAUACUUUUAGGUACAUUUCUAUUUCAAGCAGCAAUUCAGACUGAUGUUCUCUAAAUUGACAGGUGUGAUUACAAUUACAUGCUUAUCUAAGAAUGUGUGAAUGAUCUCCAGUGGUUUUUUUUUUUAAUCAUACUUUUGGAAUACUACUCUGUCUCUGAUUUUUAUUAGUAGAGCGUAACAUUUUAAAAUUACUCGUUAUGGAAAUAGAAGUUGUGUUUAAUUGUUCCUAUAAAUUCAUUUUAAGAUUGUAAAAUUUGAUUUUGAUUUCCUGUUCAGUUGGAUUUACCAAUACUGUCAGAAGUAAUAAGUUAGAUGAAAAAGAAAUCUUACUCCCCUAUUAGCUAUUGCACAUACUUGGAUUGUAUGAAGACAGAUGAAUAUUGGGCAAGCAUUAUGAGACCACAUCUAGUCUCAUUCUGAAAGAAGCCUGAUGAAGGAAGACAGGUGGGACAAUACAGUAACUCUGAAAAUGGAUAUGUUUCUUAACCAGUUGUUCUGAGGCACAAAAAGAUGUAAGGGGCUUUUGGAGGCAGUCUUAAAUGUUUUCAUGCCAAAGUUUAAAUCUGGGACAGAUAUAGCAAUGGCCAAGCACUCUCUGAGGCUGUGGUAUUUAUAUAACCACUCUGCUUAAAGUGUUUUAUUAUAUCUACACUAUAACGGAUUGUCUUCCUUUGUGUCAUUGUAUACUAUACUGUUAAGAGGACCAAUCUGAAGACAAUUAUUGUAUAUUCAAAUACUUCUGUGCUUAGAAACAAUAUGCUGUAGAGAAAAUAACCAUAUCUAAAAAAUGAAAUUCAACUUUUUUUCCAAGUAUUAAUCAAUUUGGAAAACUAUAUAAAAUGAUCUGUUUAAUUAUCUGAUUGUGAAAGUGUUGCUUCAUUGAACUAUAAAAAUACCCGUCCUAUUUCAGUUUGUAUAAAGAAGUAAAUCUGAACAU